CUGGGAGAGCACCUCAUCAACAGCUUGAUCGGUAGACCAUCGGUAUUUGGUUAGCGAAAUCGCCUUAAUUAUCGAUUUUAUUAAUUUAUAUUCAUUACCAGGAAUUCCAAAACCAAUUCCUAAUUUUCUGUUAUUUCCUUUUAAAUUUUUUUCCUUUUCAUUCCGUCUCAUGCCUUCCGGAAUUAAAAAAUACGUAGAAACGAUCAACGGAACUAUUCAUAAUUUUUGGUCACAAGACUAGAUUAAUUCGUAAUUUUUAUGGAGAAGAGAAAAUAAUAAAAUACUAUGUAAAGUUGGGGAGUAAACGAAAAGGAUAAUGGAAGCAUUUUUACCUUGUUUAUUUUUAAAAUUAAUUUUUCCAGUAAAGAAGAGCAUCGAACUGUUCGACCUAAAAAGGAAGACGAGCAAGCAUUAAAAAUCAAAGAAGCGCCUCGCAUUUCUUCAGCAAUGUUUUUAAAAUACAACACUCAAUUGGGACCUCCUUUCCAUGUUAUCGUUGAUACAAACUUUGUCAAUUUUAGCAUCAAAAAUCGGAUAGAUGUUAUGAAAGGAUUUAUGGAUUGUCUUUUUGCUAAAGUAUUUCCAUACAUUCCUGAUUGUGUUCUUGGUGAAUUAGAAAAGCAGGGACGUCGUUUUAAAUUGGCUUUAAAAAUUAUUAAAGACCAGCGGUUCCAAAGACUUCAUUGUUCUCAUAAGGGAAUUUAUGCGGACGAUUGUAUUGUUCAAAGAAUUACUCAGCACAAAUGUUAUAUUGUUGCUACUUGUGACAGAGAUUUACGAAUGCGUAUACGUAAAAUUCCAGGGGUUCCAAUUAUGUAUAUUCGAGAUCAUCGUUAUACUAUUGAAAGAAUGCCUGAUGCUUAUGGUGCACCAAAAUUGUAAAGAAAAAA